AUGUCCAUUCGACACGUCGACACCGCGCCCAAGGCCGCUGACUUCACCCCGCUACAAGAGCACCAAGAACAGACACCGGCAACCUUCUUCGGCGCAAAGCCAGUAACAUACGCAAACUACUCUGGAGUUACACUCUCAGCACCAGCAUCGCAGUUGCAAGAAGAUGUCGUGUUCGCCAAGUUCACACCCACAACAGACGGCGACGACACUCUGAUCAAGGAUGUAGACAUCUGGGUGACUUCAGAAUCACUCAUCCUCUUUCAAACCGCUCCUGUACCGACCGGGGCUGCAAUUUCGUACCCCGCCAUUGCCCUCCACGCGACGAUGAAGUGGAAGUCCACAAUCGAAGCGCUCUACAUGAACCUGUCCCUCAACGAUGCCGAGACCGUGAACGACGAAGAAGACAUCCAGACUCUCGAGCUCACCGUGCUACCGCCCAACUACGCCACUUCGCCAGACAACACAUAUAUCAAGGACAUCUUCAGCGCGAUGAACAUAUGCGCAGACCUGCACCCGGAUCCUGACGCCGACGACGACGGACAGGAUAUGGAGGAUGGCCUGAGUGCGCCGGGUGCGAGUGGAUGGAUCACAGCAGACAACAUAGACCAGUAUGUGGACGAGGAGGGGAACUUCAAUGGGAUGGUGAUUGGAGACGAGUUAGGACCUGGCGCGGGGACAGUGAGGCACAGAGACGAUAACGAGGGCACAAAUGGCGUGAACGGAGAUGAGACGAAGUGGUCCAGAACUGGCUAG